UCAAAGAUGGCGAACCGAGGGUAGGGCUGGUCGUCACGGUCUUUUGAAUAAAAGUGACUUUUUGGUUAACCGAAUAAUACUUCGAGCCGACUUAUGGUGAUGGUUAAACGGGGGGUUAAGGGCCUUAAUCACAAAAACCUCUUGAAGCAGACUUACUGGGAAAGCGGACUUACUCUACACUAAUAAUAAUAAAAUAAAAAAAUAAAUAAGCUAUCGUAACAGCGUCUAACUUGGUCUUUAAGCCAUACUGGCCACACCGGAAGUCAUUUAAUUAGGAGCGGCGUGCAGGGGCACGUACGAAUGCUCCCAUACUCAAACACACACACACACAGCUCUUUAUAAUCUUAAUUUCGCUGCUAUACUCACGUUGUCCUCACUAUUUUAUUCGUGUUAUCCACUCUAGUCAUCAUAUACAAUCGCAAAUCGUCAGUCAUCAAUCGUCUUUACAACUCACCCAUAACAAAAACAUAAAACUAGUUCAUGUUAAAUAAGCAGUAAUCUACAAAAACUAACAGCCGAAUUAAAAAAAGAUCAUUUAUGCAGUAACAUUUCCAAAGAUCGUCCAAAAAAAAUAAUAAAAUAGACUAGAGAAAAAGUCAGAGGUCGUAGUUUUAAUCUGAGUCGAGAGGGCAAGUGGGACAGAGGACAAAGGACUGAAUUAGUUGUUCCUUCAAGAGUAAAAAUAAAAAUAUAAAAAAAGCAUUAAAAAGAGGGUGAAAGCUCGCAGGUACGCGCCGACAAUAUCGACCUUAUUAUUGCGGCUGCGCGGUAAAAAGCGCGCAAUAAUAAGUAACUCUCAUAAACCGGGUACAUAGUGAAUUAGUCUACACUUUUGCUCGCUGGAAAAAAGCUUUUCUCCAGCUCACAGCUGUCUGCCCUAAAAAGAAAAGAAAAAGGCAACUUUAUAUCGGAAACGUUUUCCGGGCACGGAGAUUCCAACGCCUUGGCCACGUCGAGUUUAUCGACCGGCAAUAAACAUCGAAAAAGCCCUCAAGUAAUUUCGACGCUCAAAUAUAUUUAAACUUAAUAUACUUUAACAAACAAGCCUUUAAGCCUGGUAUCGAGGAACGAUAACCAACAUAUCGAUUGAUAAUUCUUCGGAAGUUAAUCUAUAAAUAAUAUUAUUGAUUAACUGGGUAUUCAAUACUUACACAUGGAAAUAUAAGUGUAAGUAUGUUGUGUAAGUAAAGGAAGACACGCAUUAUUAAAAUUAUUUGUGCGACGAUAACGCUUCGAUAAAACCUCUCACGUCCACUACUUUAUUGCUUACAUGCGUACGAUUGUUGUGUGUGGAUGUGAAUGCCGUGUGUAUAAGUAAGUUAAACGUUCCAUCAAUGUGUACGCACUCAAUGAUAAGGGACAGACAUAUGGACGGUUUUCCGGGUGUGACUUGUGCCGGCGGUCAGUCGAAGUAGCUUCGCUCGUGCGAUCGGUCUUCUACUUUAAAUAGGUCUUAUUAUUUUAUUUUUUUUUUUUUUAAUGCUCUAAAGCCGACUUUAGAUAACAGUUUAUUGCCAUAGUUGUUAUUAUUAUUAUUGUUGUUAUCAUGAUUCGGUUGUUUAAUUAGAUAAUCUGAUAAGUUGUAAUGUCACCAGUGAGUGACAGCUGACAUAAUUUAUUCGGUUUGUAAUUAUUUAAAAGAAAAGUGAUAUAUAUGUAUUUCUGCAAGUGUAGCCUUGGCGAGUUUGAUAAAAUUUAAUACACAUGUAUAUGUAUAUGUAUGUGGAUGUGGAUGUGGAUGUGGAUGUGAAUGUAUAUAUUGAUAAGAGGUCGUUAUGUUUGCUCUUUGUUUGAUAACGCUUAAAGCGUUAAAGUCUCUGAAACGGCGCAAGUGUAGAUCGAUUAGAUAGAAUAAUUAAAUGAAUGAUACCAAAGAAAUAUUUGCGGUAACAAGUUCUCGGUGACAACUGAUUGUGAGCAGGAAAAAUAUUUAACGUUGGUGAAAAUGACAAAUACACAGCAAACUGUAUUGUCCCAAGUGUCCACGGAGCAAGAAGAAGUUGAACUUACGGAACUCUUGCCAGUUGAACAGUCACGUAUCAAGGAUACACGGGAGUUUAAGGACUUAGAUGAAGGGACUACAGAUGGGCUUAAAGUAUUAAGAAGUUUUACCCAGGAACAAAGUGAAUUUGAUACCCAGGGGUUUAAAGUUUUUCGUAAAAUAGAAAGUAAUGGGGUGAAAAAAGGCAAGAGUGAAAUUCAUAAACCUUUGGAGGACCAAAAUGGUUAUGGAGAAAAUGAGGGUGAGAGAAAAUUGAAAACUAAUAGGAAAAAUUACAACCUUAGGAAAAAACGCAAACAAGUUUAUUUGAAAGACGAAGUUUAUUAUUAUCAGCAGGAACAUAAUUCUGGAGGUGAAAGUGACGAAAGUAGCAACCAAAAUGUAUCGAACAAUGUCAUUAAGGAUAUGGCCAGUAAUUUUAGUGGGCAGUCUGGAGAAAAGCGGCAGAAACGUAGGAAAAUAGUGAGUUCGUCAUUGGAAGCUGAAGACUCAAAAAAUGGUGCCAGAGUAGGGGAGGGUUUGAGCGAAAAAGAAAUUCAGGAAACUUAUUCGGAAAAUAAUAAUAUAGAGAGUGAAGUUAAUAUGCAGCCGAGUAAAUCUGAAGAAGAAAGUAACGAAAAUGAUAAAAAUGGAACUAAAAAUACUGAGGAUAAAAAAUACUGUUGCCUGAUGUGUGAUGCCAAGUUCAAAGGCAGUGGCGGAUUGAGAAACCAUUGGAAAGUCGUGCACGCAGACGGACCUUUUUACAAGUGCGACGAUUGUGGCAAAGAAUUUCCCCUAAAAGAGCGAUUGAAGCUGCAUGUACGCACGCAUACUGGUUUCAAGCCUUACAAAUGCAGCGAGUGCGGUAAAAGCUUUGCACGGGGCGGGCAGUUAGCGCAACAUCGUCGGGUUCAUAGUCACGCAAAGCCUUACCACUGUUCGCUGUGCUCGGGUACUUUUACAUGCCCCGCGAAUUUGGCUUUGCAUAUGAAACGUCAUAACGGUCAAAAAGACCACAAGUGUGAUAUAUGCGGACGCGGAUUCAUAAGACGCGAUGCACUGAAAAAGCAUUUAGAGUGUCUGCACAAAGAUGUCAAGUCAUUCCUGUGUGUGAUUUGCAAUAAAACUUUCAAAGGACACCUGCCUCAGCACAUGAGGACUCACUGCCAAGAAAGACCCCACGGAUGUGCUACAUGCGGACAAAGAUUUGCCCAAAAAUCACAGCUUACUGUUCAUCAACGCACCCAUUCAGGCCAGAGGCCAUUUAGGUGCCUCGUUUGCUGGCAAGCAUUCGCCCACUCGACGGCCCUUAAAUUACACACACGACGUCACACUGGCGAGAGACCUUUCAAGUGCACUGAGUGCAAUGUUGGAUUCACUCAGCUACCACACUGGAAAAAGCACAUGAAGUGCAUACACAAAAGACUUGAACCCUACAGUUGUAAAAAUUGCAACAGUUUUUUCCGUAUCAAAAACGAUUUGGAGAGCCACGAAAAAAUUUGCCUAACUGACGAAGAUCUGGCGGCCAGUGCUGCUGCUGAUGAGACUCGAAGCUACCGUUUGAUGGGUAUAGAAAAAAUGCGGCUACUGCUCGCGGUUUUGCUAAAGAGGAUUUCGAAACCCGAGAAACUUGACGAGCUGGGAUUCGGAAAGCGGCUUAUCGACCAAGUUCUCCAAGAUUCUUUGGUCUCGGCGGGCAAAGACCCGGUUUUCAUUGGCGAGCUUACAGAAUUGGAGACUUUGAGAAAGAAUAUUGAGACUUUUCUUGAAUGGACUGUGCCCAAAGAGCACUGGGAGAAUUUUAAAAAGCUUAAUAAGAGCCCGGAAGAAAUACUUGAAACUCUUACAGCCACCUAAGGCGUAUCACUAUUAUUAUCAUUAUUAUUACUGUUGACUUGUAUGCGAGCCAAAGAAAACGACUGGAUUUUUGUGUGAUAAAUAAAAAUCCAGGUGCCAUCUACUAAAUUACCCUUGCCAUUGAUUGUUUUAUUGAUUAAUUAUAUUACAUUGUAAGUGUACUGUUUGCUUUGUACUUUAUUGAAUGCCUUGCCAUAAGUUUGUUGAUUACGGAUAAAGCUCAUGAAAAUUUUUAAUUAAUUAAGUGCACUUUUAUUAAUGAUUAUUUAAUGCCAAAUUUAUAGUCUUUACGUUAUGUUAUGUAUCGGAAGUUUAUAUUGUUAAGUAGUUAGAUAACUUUGGCUUUUACUUUUGUUGCUUAGAAAAAUUAUUCACCGCCAGUGUGGUCGAAUAUCAGUUUAAUUACUUAUAGAUCAUUACUAAAAAAAAAACUGCGAUAGUUAGAUGUAAGUUCAUGUGAACAGACAAUAAUGAUAUUAUCUAUCAAUGUAUUAGGCAUAUGAUAUUCUUAUAUAUCGAUACCGUAGUUGAUAACUAGGAUUUUUAUACGUGUAACUAAAAUUUAGCGAUUAUUUCUGUCAAAUGUCUGACUGAUAAAAUGGUACCAAUUUUUUUUACUUCCAAAGAGAAUUUUACAAAGACAUUUUUCACCAAAGUUUGUUCUGAUUUGUUCCAUAAAAUUUAUGGUUUAUGCAUAUGUAGUUUUUUUUUUUUUUUUUUUUUUGUGAAUAACGUUUUGAUGUUUAUCGAAAGUUUAAUGAAUGAGAAAAAAAACCUUUUCUUUAUGAAGCAAAAAGUAUAAAUAAAAUACGUCGCAUUGUUAUGGAUCCGAGUCACUGAAUAAAGAUUGAGGUCAUCGAGGGCAUCAUUUGACUUGACGAUAAGGGAAACCUUGUAUUUUUUUUUCACAUAAUACAUAAGAUCCGGUACCAGCGAACAGAAGAGAAAUAUUGAAAUUACAUAUUUUAGCUUAUUUAGACUCUAUUUAGUUACUUUUUUCUUCAUUUUAGUCUUUAGGGCACUUUGAUAUAAUUUUUUAACUUUAAAUAAAUUUCGAUUAUUUUAGAAUCAUGAAAUUAGCCGACAUCUAAUAACUUUUGGAUUUUUUUUAAACUGGAAAUGUAAAAAAAAAAAUAUUUCAGAAAAUUGCACCUAUAGUUUUUUUAAUUUUCUACAUGUGCAUUUUUUUUUUUUUUUUUUUUUUAUUAAGUUGUUGAAAAAAUCCGAAGAUUGUUAAUUGUCUGGUAAUUUCAGAGUCAUAUGAAAUUAAUAACAAUCACUUGAAAAUAAAAAGGAACAAAGAGUGGAAUAUGGAAUAAAAAAUUAUAAAGCAAAAUUUUUUUGAAAAUUUACUAAAAAGAGGAAUUGGUAAAAAUUAUUUUUUAAGUUUUCAUAAAUAUAUUUCUUUCAAAUUUUUAUUUUUAAUUUAUAAAGACGAUAA